UCACAAAUAAAAUUAUUUACCAGUUUUUAAUCAUUAUCAGACAUAAUCAUACAACUCGCAGGACAACAUUCAAAAUGGCUGACGCGGAAACUGCACUGAAAUUUAAGGAAUUGGACGAGGAGACCCAGAAAACAAUGAGAAAACUGUUCCCAGGUGAACGCGGUGGCUUUGUUCGCAUUGGUCCUAAAGGGUACCUCGUUACUGAGAGGUAUAAGGAAAUGGCAGCUGAUAUUUAUAACAUGGAAAUUAGACCAAGCGAUGUUUGGGUUGUCACUUAUGCAAGAUCAGGUACAACAUGGACCCAGGAGUUAGUUUGGAUGGUGGCCAAUGACCUGGACUAUAAGACAUCCAAAGCCAUUGUACUUCCAGAGAGAUUCCCAUUUUUAGAACACGCAAUGAUGUUAUAUCCAUCAUUAAAACAAGAAAUUUUAGAAGAGAAAAAUAAUGACCCGCAUAUCAAAAAAGUACUAGAAUUGUUUUCGGAACCCUUCGCAAAGCCGUUAGCAUCGGCACCCUCACCACGCUUUAUUAAAUCUCAUCUACCAAUUACUCUGCUAUCACCGAAGCUUUUGAAUGCUAAAGUAGUAUACGUAGCAAGAGACCCAAGAGAUGCUGCUGUCUCCUUCUGGCACAUGGGUUCUUCUUUAAGAACAAUAUCCUUUGAUGGAGACUUCAAAACGUACUGGAACUUAUUUAUGAAAGACUUACUUUACUGGACACCGUUUUUCGAGCACCUAAAGGAGGCGUGGGAGCAACGUAACCAUCCCAAUCUACUUUUUAUAUUCUAUGAGGAAUUACAGAAGGAUCUUAAAGGGGUAGUACAUCGCGUGGCUGACUUUUUGGGGAAGACAUACAGCGAACAACAAAUCAUCGAUCUUUGCGACCAUCUCAACUUCAAAAAUUUCAAGACUAAUCCAGCCGUUAACAGUGACUUAUUGAGAGAUAUUGGUUUAGUUCACAACAAACACGAAUUUAUCAGAAAAGGUAAGACUGGUGGCUGGCGAGACUAUUUUGAUGAUGAGAUGACGGCCCAAGCGGAUAAGUGGAUGGAAGAAAACCUUCGUGACACAGAUCUUCGUUUCCCAAAUUAAUAAAUUUAUUAAAGGUGUUACCCAAAAAACUAAUAAUUUACACUUUUAAAAAUUAUGAUGUGUGUUGUCCUAAUAAAUAGGUAUAACACA